AUGUCCCCAACACCAACUCCCAUUGCCAUCAUUGGCAUCGGAUGCCGGCUCCCUGGUGGGGUCAGCGACCUAGAUAGCCUAUGGAAACUCUUGUUGGAGGGCCGUAGCGGCCGUAUGAAAAUUCCUAAGGACCGUUGGUCUGCCGAGGAAUGGUUUGACGCAUACCCAGACGCCAAACAGUCCAUGGUCACGAAGCACGGGUUUUUCCUUCAAGAUGAUAUCUCACAGUUCGAUGCAAAGUUCUUCGGUAUUUCCAGCAUGGAGGCACACGCCAUGGAUCCACAGCAGCGCCUGUUACUGAUGAUGGCGUACGAGGCAUUGGAAGAUGCCUGUAUUCCCAUAGACAAAUUACGAGGAUCGAACACUGGUGUCUUUGCGAGCAUAUUUGAGAGAAGCUACGACAGGAUGGGACACAAAGACCUGUCAACAAUUAGCAACACGCAUAUGAAUGGAACAGGAGAAGCCAUUCUCUCGAACAGGAUCUCGUACUGUUUUGACCUGAAAGGACCAUGCAUGACUAUUGACACUGGCUGCUCCGGCAGCCUGGUAGCCCUUCAUCAAGCAUGCCACAGUCUCAGUCUCGGCGAGUCAGACCUCGCUCUGGUUGGUGGCUCGCAGCUUGUCAUGCACCCCGAUGCUCUUACCAUUAUGAGCGGCAUGGGCAUGCUCAACCCCGAUGGUAAAUCUUAUGCAUUCGACUCGCGAGGCGAAGGCUAUGGACGCGGCGAGGGCGUAGCCAUGAUUGUCCUCAAGCGCUUGGACCGCGCACUCGAGGAUGGGGACAGAGUACAUGCCAUUGUUGCCAACUCUGGUACAAACCAAGAUGGAAAAACUUCCGGCCUCAACACCCCUAGUGGCGAUGCCCAGGCUACUUUGUGCUCACGCGUUUACCGAGAGGCUGGAUUGAAUCCUGCGGAUACAUCAUUCGUCGAGGCCCAUGGCACCGGCACUCAAGUAGGCGAUCGAGAAGAGAUUGCUUCCAUAUAUAAGGUCUUCUGCGAGAGUGUUGCUAGGACAGGCGACCUUUACGUGGGCUCGAUCAAACCGAAUGUGGGGCACCUUGAGGCAACCUCUGGUAUUGCAGGACUGCUAAAGUCCAUUCUCGUGCUGAAGCAUGGCCAAAUCCCACCAAACUUGGAUUUUAUUAAGCCAAAGCCAUCGUUGAAGCUCUACGAGAGAAACAUCAAAAUUCCGACUGAACUUACGAAGCUCCCGACGUUGCGUAACGGGGGACCAGUACGAGUGUCUCUCAACUCAUUUGGUUACGGAGGAACUAAUUGCCAUGUUAUUCUUGAGGCUCCCCACUCUGAGAGUAUGAUCCAUGGAUCCAAUGGUAUCAAACUUAACAGCGUUGAAGCAAACGGUUCUCAUUAUAACGGUGUCGAAUCGAAUAUCAACAGUAUCAAUGGUACAACGACCAAUGGAACCAGACUGAAUCAGGGAGAGAGUGUUAAAAAUGGGCUUUCGGGUACAGCUCAGGCUUUGCAUUCUGGCAAUUCCUUCUCGGCGAACACAAAGUUAGACUGUCCGAGACUAAUUGUUCUUAGUGCAGCGACAGAAAAUGCGUUGUCAUUGCGGGCCCGGGACCUUCACUCGUGGAUUAAGACUCACAAGAUGACACCGCAAACUUUGCCCAGCCUAUCUUACACACUCGGAGUGCACAGAUCGGCUCUUCCAUACAGGAAAGCUCUUGUCGUAUCGGCAAUAGAGGAACUCGCGGUUGAACUCGGAUUACUGGGGCCUGCAAAGCGAAUGGUAUCGCAGGCACCCGUUACGUUCGUCUUCUCCGGGCAAGGUGCCCAGUGGCAUGCAAUGGGUCUUGAGCUUAUCAAUCUUUCGCACGUAUUUCGACAAUCGAUGUCGGCUAUGGAAGAUGUAUUGCGCCAGCAAGGUUGCCAGUGGAGUCUCGUGGAGGAGCUGUCAAGGCCUCUUAAGCAAUCCCGAGUCGGCGAGGCUGAGAUAGCACAGCCUGCAACGACCGCUAUCCAAAUUGCGCUUGUGGAUCUGCUCGAAAACUUCUCUAUACGACCAAGUCGAGUCGUAGGUCACAGCUCCGGUGAAAUUGCUGCCGCUUACGCGGCUGGCGCCUUGAGUUGCAACAGCGCCAUUCUCUUAGCGUACCAUCGGGGAGUAUUUUCUGCCAAAGCUAAAAAGGUAGCUGAUGUUCCUGGCUCUAUGAUGGCGGUCAGCCUAAAUGAGAUUGAAGCGAUGCAACACCUAAAGAAACUUACCCGCGGGACGGCCGUUGUAGCGUGUGUGAACAGCUCGUCAAGUUUGACACUGUCGGGAGACGAAACUGCGCUUGACGAGCUGAAAGAAGUACUCGAUAAAGAUGAUAUAUUCGCCCGGAAGCUAAGAGUUGACACGGCCUAUCAUUCGCACCACAUGCAAUGUGUUGCCGAAGAAUACCAAGAAGCUAUCGGCAGUAUUGAGUCCUCCAAUGUGAGAGAUGAAGUAACCUUCUACUCUAGCGUCACCGGUGCCAUCAAGUCAACUGGCUUCGGGGCUGACUACUGGACUUCUAACCUGGUGUCGCAAGUCAAGUUUAGCCAAGCAUUGACGAUGGUACGAGAUGACCAAAUAAAGCACAAUACCAAAGGGGACGUCAGUGUAUUUGUUGAAAUUGGUCCGCACUCAGCCCUUGCAGGUCCUUCUCGCCAGAUCCUCAUGCAGGAAGGUGCUGAGAAAUUCAAGUUCGAGUACCUUUCUGCUCUACUGCGCAACGUGAAUGCUGCACAGUCUACUCUGGCGCUCGUUGGCAGAUUGUUCGAGCUCGGUCUCGAGGUCAAAAUGGCCGCGGUACUCACAAUGACUAACAAGAGAAAACCAGAGAUCAUCAGAGACUUGAGACCAUAUCCCUGGGACCUCGCGCCGUUCUGGCGCGAGUCUAGGCUAAGUAAGGCCCACCGCUUCCGCCAAUUCCCACAUCACGACCUCCUCGGCCUCUUCGACCCGGCCAGCACGAUUCAUGAGCCGCGCUGGAGAUAUUUCAUCAACAUGGACACCCUGCCAUGGCUCAGGGGCCAUAUGGUUGAGGGGUUUACAAUCUAUCCUGGUGCGGGCUACCUGACAAUGGCCAUGGAGGCAAUGAAGCAGCUUGUGCAGAUGAGAGGCAUUGAACAGCCGAUCGCAAAGUUUGUGCUUCGUAACGUCACAAUAUCAAAGGCUAUAGUGCUUAGCGAACCGGAUGAUACAAGCUCUGGCGAGGUGGAAGUACAACUGAGCAUGUCAGCCGCAAAUCAGUAUGAGGGUAGCCGUUGGGAAUCGUUCCGGAUCAGGUCUUACAACGUAGAUGGGUCUUGGAGCAUACACUGCUCCGGCGAAAUCACAGUAGAACACGAUAUGACCGAACCUGACGAGGUCGAGGGAACAAGAGAAAGGGAAUUACGCCAAGAUGAGGCCUUGCAAUUUCUCACAGCUUCACAGCAAAGCUGUGACGCGGAAAUGACCAAGUCCGAGUUCUACAACUUUGCUCGACUGACAGGAAAUGAAUUCAGCGGUGCAUUCACCGCAAUCGUUUGGGCCAGAUACGGCAAAAACCGUGGCGUGUUCGAAAUAUGCACCCCAGACGUUGCUCCUUUGAUGCCGUACCGUUCCUUCAGGCAUCAUAUCAUCCAUCCAACUACUUUGGACGCCACUCAGCAGAUUAACGCAGUUUUGUUCAAGAAAUUUAUCACCAAUGCUGCGUGUGUUCCGACCAGCAUCCCGUUACUGGAGAUUAGUGCCAGUCUCUCCACCACGGCAGGAAACAGCCUUACUGGCGCCAUACAGAUUGAAGCUGAUGGUCCCAAAGCGUCCAAGGGGGAGGGUUGGGUGUUUCAGAAAGACACGAAUGGCCAUCUUAGCCCGGUAAUUCGACUUCUUGUCAAUCUAAGAGCCAUUGGCGACACGCGAGAGGAAGAGAACCGGCCUUUCGUCCAGGACGUCGUGAAUAGACUUGAUUGGAACCUUGACGCCGACUUUAUGACAGGAACUUCAUUCCUGCAAGAGCUCUCAUCUAAACUAGGGUUGGAUGAAAAUACAACCCAUGGUUUUGAAGGAACCAAGAUAUCGGUUGAUGAGUCUCAGAAGGAAUACCUUGUUACGGACCAGGCCUCGUCCAUCUGGUUUAGAGAAGCCGUGCGCCAUGUCGAGGAAGAUAAAGCUGGAAUGAUUACGCCUCAGCAAGUCAAAUUCUUUGGCUGGAUGAAGAGGUGGUUAGCCUCUGAUUAUUGUCGUCAGAUCACAUCGGGCCUGACUCGGGAAGAAGAAACAAGUAUUCUGAAAAGGAUUGAAUUAUGCAACACAUCAGCACAGUUACAACUCCUCGCCCGCGUUGGCAAAGCCCUUCCUCACAUUGUGACUGGCGAAACUCAGCCCUUAGACGUCAUGCUGGAGGGCAAUCUCCUGUCGAGAUAUUACGAGAGUGGUAUUCUUGUCGGCCCCUAUGAAGCAGCAGUGGCAUACAUGAAGAUUCUUACUUUCAAGAACCCGCGCCUCCGAGUCCUCGAGAUCGGUGCAGGGACGGGAGGUUGCACCAAAUGGCUCUUCCGUGGGCUCUCCGGCCAGAAUGGCGCUGCGGGCCUUCCAUUUGAAGAGUACACCUUUACCGAUGUAUCCAGUGGAUUCUUCGAGGAUGCGCGCCAGACGUUUGCCGAAUGGGAGGACAUAAUGCAGUUCCGAACGCUGGAUGCGGACCAAGACCCUCUCGAGCAGGGCUUCGAGCCUGGGUCCUACGACGUCGUGGUGGCGGCUAACGUACUACAUGCAACGAGAAAGAUAGACGUGACGAUUAGCCGCGUUCGUAAGCUGCUUAAGCCGGGAGGCAGUCUACUCCUACUUGAGAUCCCGCCGAGAGGCGCGGCCUUUGGUCUCGUGGCUGGCCCACUUACCGGUUGGUGGGCCCCCGAAGACGAUUUUCGAGUUGACAGUCCUUUGCUAUUCCGCAACCAAUGGCAAGAUGUUUUGGCAAGGAACGGCUUCGGAGGAAUCCACCUGGCAUGGGAAUGUAUGAUGGUUGCCAAAGCCGACCCCGAGCUAUGCAACCUCAACAGGGAACACGCCACGCAUAGCGUCGUUCUGAUUGGAAACGGGGUUGACGACCAUGUAGAAAGAACUACCACGGAAUUUGCCUCACGCAACAUCGAUACCAUAGCGUACUCGUGGGAGCAAGCUAAAGCCCAGGAAGGCAGCCUCUAUGUCAUCUUGGACAUUGCAGAAGAACGAGCCCUUCUUGAUCCGAAGCCCCCGCUGUUUGAGACAAUCAAGGCGAUCGUCAGCGCAAAGACUCAAGUCCUAUGGGUGCUUCUCCAUAAUAAAGGCGAUCCCGCAGCCUUAGCCUACAAGGGGCUAGUUAAUGCGUUUGUCCGCGUUCUGCGACGGGAGAGCGGCAACACUAGCCUAGUGACCCUUGACAUCCGCCACCCCGCUCAAAAUACAGAGCAGACGGCCCGUACCGUUGCUGACGUGGCAUGCAGGCGCUUCUGGCCGGCCCGAGGGGACCUACCCUCUCUGGAGCCCGAGUUUGCCUGCGAGGACGGCCGUGUUCUGAUCCCUCGUGUCAGGGCAGACGUCGAAUUUUUGAAAUGGGCGCGGCGCGGGACUGAAUCGGGGGCUGACAUUGAGACAGAGCCUGCUCCUUACCAACAGAGUGACCGAGUUUUGAAGGCUGAGGUCGCAACACCGGGUCUAUUGAGCUCACUGCGCUUCGUCGACGAUCACAUAUCAACGGCUCUGGAGCCAUGCCAAAUCGAGGUCAAGGCCGAGGCGCACGGCGUGAAUUACAAGGACGUCGGCAUCGCGCUUGGCCAGAAAGGUCCUGGCGUCCAUAUGGCGGGCGAGUUUGCAGGCGUUGUCACGGCGGUGGGCGAAGACAUGCGACAUCUAUAUGAGCUAGGCGAUCGAGUCAUGGGUUUCGGUGCACAUCCGUACAGCAAUCUACUGCGUGUUCAUGGAUAUCAGGCCCACAAGACGCCCAUAUCCAUGUCCGCGACGACUGCGGCAUCCAUUCCACAUGCAUACGUGACAGCCUUUCACUGCAUCGUGGAGAUCGCCCGCCUCGAGCGAGGCCAGUCAAUCUUGAUCCAUGCUGCGUCCGGAGGCGUCGGGCAAGCGGCCAUUCAGCUCGCCCAGCAUAUUGGUGCCAACAUUUUUUGCACAGUUAGCACGGCUACCAAAAAAAAGCUGAUAAUGGACGAGUACGCCAUCCCGGAAAGUCAUGUCUUCUCUAGCCAAACGGGUUCGCUUAAGCAGGGCAUUAUGCGACUGACAGAUGAUGAAGGAGUGGAUCUAGUGCUCAAUUCAUCUGUAGGAGAGAUGCUGAGAGACAGCCUCGACUGCGUCAAGACACUGGGAACAUUCAUUGAACUGGGUAAGAGUGAGAUGCAACAAGGACCCCAGCUGAGCAUGGCUUCAUUCAAUAGGUCGAUAACCUUCAACGCCUUCGAUCUGGAAACACUCGCCGCUCGAAACCCCAAACGCGUCCAGCGCAUUAUGGGAGAUAUCGUUAGCCUCAUCGAAUCCAACACGGUGCAUCCUGCCCGCCCUAUAAGCACUUACUCCAUAGGUCAGAUUGAGGAUGCAUUUCGCUUAAUAAGCUCGAGGAAGCACACGGGUAAAGUUGUUCUCCAGAUCGAGCCUGCCUCAACGGUCAAGUGUCUCCCAGCCAAGCCCCUACCGCUGCAUGUACGCAAAGACGGUACCUACAUUGCGGCCGGUGGUCUCGGCGAUUUGACCUCGCGAAUCUGUGUGUUCCUGGCCUCUCGAGGCGCCGGACACAUCGUGUCUCUAUCACGGCGCACCGUCGAUGAUGCGACCAAACAGAAGUACAUGGCUACGGUUGAAAAACAUGGUUGCAAACUUCAUAUCCUCCAAUGCGAUAUUACAAACGAUGAAAGCAUAAAAAAUGCUGUGGACUACUGUUCUACGUUGCCCCCUGUUAGAGGUGUAGUCAACGGUACAUUAGUGCUUAGAGACCGAACAUUCGCCCAGAUGACCGUUGAAGAGUGGAAGUUACCACUCCAACCUAAAGUUUUGGGGACUCUCAAUCUCGACAAAUUCUUUGCAUCAUCUGAUUUGGCGUUCUUCAUGACCCUCUCCUCGGUCGUCGCCGUCGUUGGUAAAGCUGGUCAGUCCAACUACGCUGCCGGAAAUGGCUUCCAAGACGCUUUCGCGCGUGCACAUGCCAACCACCCUCAUACGCACUACGUCUCGGUAAACGUCGGUGCCGUGUCUGUAGACGCACAUGGCGCCCUUAAAGAGUCACAGCAAGGCGAUAUGUCCAUCGGUGGCAUGAAGGCCUCCCUCAGGCAAAACAGUGUGAUGGACAUUUCAUUUGACGAAUUUCUCGCUAAUAUCGAGUAUGCCAUCAACAGUCUCAUUCGGGGCCACGACAUACACCAAACUAUUCAGGGUGUCACGCACCAGUCCAUGGUGGACGCCAACGAUGAGCACCUUCUUGAGAAUCCCAUCUUCAGCCAGCUAUCUUCCCAGAAAAAGAAAAUUACGAGCGACACUCAAAACGAGAAGAUCGAUUUGAAGAAGUCUCUAGGUUGCGUGAAGACGAUGGAAGAGGCUGAGCAGCUCAUCCAAGCUGCCACACUGAACAAGUUUGCCGUCUUCCUUGACCGGCCGAUUGACCAAAUCAGGGUCGAUCAAUCGCUUGCAACUAUUGGUCUUGACUCUCUCGUUAGUAUCGAGUUGAAGAACUGGAUGGUACGCACUUUCCAAGUCAAUCUCCAGACAUCGGAGCUGGGCGGUGCUGGCAGCAUUCAGGCGCUGGCGGUGACGGUCGCCUCACGAUCGAAGCUGAUCCCAGAUGACAUCCGCCCACCACGGCAGCAGGAAGCCACCACCCUGGUAGAGAAAGAAGAAAUCCCAAUGAAUGUUCAUUCAAGACAGAAUCAUAGCUUCUACUGCUGCAGGGCGAGCAAGGAGCUACCUAGGCACCCGCUUGUCAACCUAGACGAGGCAGUCAACGACCUCCUCAGCAGCAUUGGGCACUUCUCCCACACUCGGGAAGAACAUGCGGAGCUCACCCGCAAAGCACACGCCCUCGCUGUACCGGGCAGUCUUGGCCGCAAGCUUUACAACCAGUUGCGCGCAAAGGCUGACGAUCCAAGCGUGGAGAGUUGGAUUGCUGGUCCCCUCCUAAAGGCACUACACCUCAAGCGAAGGUAUCCUUUAGUGCCAUUUAGCAGCUUUCUCGGAACACACUUUGACAGCGCCGCUCCCCACUCCCAGUCCCAGCGAGCGGCCGCACUUACCAGGGCUCUUUGCGAAUUCAAGCGUGAUCUGGACUAUAGGAGGCUAAAGCCCGAUUUUCUGGGCGAGAGGCCAAACUGCGGCCACUCUCUGACUUGGCUUUUCAAUGCCCUAAGAGAGCCAAAUGUGGGUUGUGACAAGAUGAUGAGCAUCGUCUCGUAUCAGAAGCUGGAAGCAACGUACCAAAAGAUAAUUGACCUCAGCCUUGACGAAAAGCACUGGACAGGCAUACUGACGACAGAUAACCGGGACAGCUGGGCUACUAACCGACAGAAGCUCAUCUCAAUGGACCCGAAGAACGCCACGUAUAUCGGAGUAUUGGAGGAAUCCAUCUUUGUAAUGUGUCUAGAUGAUGACAGCCCUGUCACACGUGAAGAGCGGGUCCGGUCCGGAUAUCUUGGUGACUCAUUCAAUCGUUGGCAUGACAAGACUCUCCAACUUAUCGUCACCGCCAAUGGCCGCUCCGGUACCAUUUUCGAGCAUUCCAUGAUCGACUUCAUGACCACCUCGCAGAUCUCGCAAAGAUUACAGGGCGCCAUCGAUACCCUAGACCCCCAGGAGGACAACCUCGAGCAAAAUGGCGAAGCUGCCGUAGAUCUCGCGAGCCUAAAAGAGAUCCCCUUGGGGACGAUGCCCACUAACAUCGAGGCUCAUAUAAGCACGCUGCGUGACAAAUACGCAGCAGUUACUGGGGCGAAGAUCUACACCCCACACCUCAUCCCUUCAUUUGGAAAAGCACUACUUCUCGCUCACUCAGUGCCCAUCAAAGCCACGGUAGAUUUGACGAUUCAGCUCGCCAGUCGUUUGUAUUUCGGCUACUUGCCGGCGAGUUGGGAGACAGUCUCGACAGCGCACUUCCACUUGGGUCGGCCCGAGAUCGUGCAGGUGGUACUGAAGUCCGUUGUAGACUUCUGUGACGCCGCGCUCGACCCUGCAGUGCCUCGCUUCGAGGCGUGCGCAAAGUUACUAAAAGCGGCACGCGAAUGCAACGCCCAGAUCGUCAAGGGCGGCGAGGGCCGCAACUAUUUCCGAUUGAUGGACGUGCUCGAGGUCAUGAGCCAGGAAGUGCAAGACGAGGACAGCAACGAAACCGUCCCCGAGUUGUUCUCGGACCCUGUAUGGAAGAGGAGCUACCCGCGCUUGAUCAUGCAGACUAUGAUAGAGAACAAAUUGGCCCAGGAUCCUGGUUAUACCAUGGAGGAUCCGGAGAAUGUGUGGAUGAAUUACACCGUGAACGAAGAUUCUCUAGAGGUGUGUUUUGUCAGUCCUCGAUCGGGUGCUGAGCGCUUCAGAGCUGCGCUAGAUCGAGCUACAGGUAUCGUUAAGACUAUUAUCCAGCAUAAGGAGUCGCGAUAG